UUGUGACAUACGCUGAUUACGCUCUGUUUUGACGUGACGAGGGAAGGUUGAGUGUUCAUAUGCGACACGUAAAUUCUGUGACACAGAUGCAGUUGGAGAAUGGCUGGCAAAUCAAGUGCAUGCAAAGUUCGGAAUGUGGAUAUCAACCCAUGCAUUGAGGAGAGUGAUGGUUCUCAAAAAUGUUUGGAUGCAUACAACUAUGAUAAGAGCAUGUGUUCUGCAUACUUCAUGAGGUAUAAAAACUGCAGGAAGUACUGGGUAAGUAUACAGACACCAGGACUCAUGAGA